CGUAUAGACUUUAAAUAGAAAUUCUCUUUUCCAGUGCUAUCAGAAUUGAGAGUUGAGCAGUUAAUUGAAGAAGUUGAUUAAAGUUAUCAUUUAGUAUGGAAGAAGAUGAAUUUUUUGGAGAAAAAACAUUCCAGCAUUAUUGUGCAGAAUUCAUCAAACAUUCACAGCAGAUAGGUGAUGGUUGGGAAUGGAGAACUUCAAAGGACUGUUCUGAUGGAUAUAUGUGCAAAAUACAUUUUCAAAUAAAAAAUGGGACAGUGGUGUCACAUCCAGGGACAUCUGCCCAUGUACAGACGUGUCUUCCUAUGGAGGAGGCUUUAGAGUUACCCCUGGAUGAUUCUGAAGUGACUGAGGCCACAGCAGCCACCGAAGUGAUUAAAUAUGAGUAUCACGUCUUGUAUUCCUGUAGCUACCAAGUGCCUGUGCUUUACUUUAGGGCAAGCUUUUUAGAUGGGAGACCCUUGUCUCUGAAGGACAUAUGGGAAGGAGUCCACGAGUGCUACAAGACGCGGCUGCAGCAGGGCCCCUGGGACACCAUUACCCAACAGAUCCAAUUUGGAAGAAGUAUUUGCAAAACAAGUACUGAAGUUUUUAUCUUAUCUGGGGACACCUAUAAAUGUACAGGAAGUAUUGUCCUUUGUUUUGUGACAAAGAGAAAGAAUGCUUCUGUCCCUUUCAUGUCCCCACAGCAGCAUAGGGAACUACUGGUGCUUUCUGCACAAAUAUUCCCCUUUAUGGGACAGGCUGCAUGUGCCAAUAACAAUUUACUUUGGCACAGUAGGACGUCUUUGUCUAUGCAGUAAUUCCACAAAUAUUUAUUGAGUGCCUACUAAAUGAAAGGUGGUCCUGGAUGCUGAGACUAAAAUAGUAAUCAGAAUACCUCCUCUGCCCUCAAGGACUUACAGUAUGGGAGAGGAAGACUCCUGUAAACAGUCAAGUACCUAUGCAGAACAGUGUGGAAUUAAGCAGAAGGUGUAAGCAUGGGUUGCAGUGGUAGCACAGAGGGGGGGCACCUGAUGCAGGAUUGGGGGUAGAAGAAAACUAAGAUCUAGUUUUCACCUCACAACAUAUAUAGUUAUCACAAUAUUGCUGACUGUAUUCCAUAUGCUGUACUUUAUAUCCCAAUUACUAUUUUGUAACUGCCCAUUUGAUACAAGACUUAUUGAGGGAUCAUUUUGUAAGUUAUGUAAAUGUCUAACCACUAUUCUGUACUCCUGAAAUUAAUAUUGAAUAUCAAC